ACACUAGUACUCUGACAACCACGCUUGUUUCGGUUCCACGAGGAAAGAGCUCAACUCUACGGCAAUGGCGGGUUUGAAAGGAACAUUCUGAUGCAGCUUGGAGGUUUUUCUUAGUGCACCUGUUAUAGUACCGCACGAAUAGCAGAGUAUAUAGUGUAGUCUGAGUCAGAACGAACGAAUAUAGCACAGCCACCACCACGGAUUUUCUAGCUCGCGUGUUUCGCUGGAUUUUGGAUUAACUGUCGAAAACAUGGGUACAGAGGACCCAGAGCCGGAGCUAAAAUUCGAGGGGUUCCUCACCAAGCAGGCCAAAAUGAAACUGAAGACGCCCAAGAAGUACUUUUUUGUUCUGAAGAACAACACACUCAACUACUUCAAGUCGUCUUCAGACUUGUCGGACGAAAAUCUCCAAGGCACGGUGGAUUUCACCCAGGUCCAGUCGGUGAGGAAGCUGGCAAACCAUGCUGACGGUCUGACGUUCCAAAUCACCUUAAAGGGAGGAAAGAUCCACACACUGAUCGGAGAGAGUUCGGACCAGGUGACAGACUGGGUGAAGAUGUUACACAAAGCCAUGCAGCUCAAACCUGGACACGCCAGGGCUUCUGUUACAUGGCACGACCUUCCCAACAUGACCCCUGAGCAAGUGCGGAAGUCGCUGUCCAUCGAGAGGACAAGUUCCACCGACUCCACGUCCCCCCUCCCCUCCGUGUCCAGUAUGUCAUCAAGGGCGACUUCCCUGGCCAGUAACCUGAGCAUGGAUAGCGAUGGCAGCAGCCUGUACAUGGAUGUCGGCGACCUGGGGGGCAUUGACCCCACAGCCAGGGCCAGCGGCACGUCACAGAUCUCAUCCACCAGUAGCAGCUCUAUGGAGAUGGAGGAUGGAGUCUACGAGAAGAUAGGGGCUUCCAAGGACUCAGCAUCUUCCCAUUCCAGCCCCUCCCCCACCUCCUCAGCCUCUCCCCCACCCCUCCCAUCCUGUCCCCCACCCCUGGGGUCACCGGCCAAGUCUGCACACGGUACACCACCAACUUCCCCUGCACGGGUGCAUUCUCCCAAGAAAGGCCCUCCAGCAGUCAAGCCGGCCAGACCCCCGCCCCCACCUCCUAGAUCUGCAGAGACCGCCCUGAGCACGGAAAACGAUGACAUGCACACGGAAGGCGAUGACACACACACGGGGGGCGAUGACACGUACACGGAGAGUGCUGACACGUACAGCUGCAUCGACGAAGGAGGAACAACAAACGGAGAAAAGAAAAAGGCAGAAGAAAACGAGGAAGAAUUCCCUGACUACGACACCAUACCCGUUACUACUGAAGACACCUACACCACCAUCGGUGAAACCACAGCAGAUGAAGAAAACUAUGCUGAGGUGGGAGGUCCGAGAAACGGUACAGCGGUUGAGGAGGAGGCUGAUGAAGGCAUGGUGGAUAACGUUUACUACGAGGGCGCGAGCAACGCGAACGACGAACAAAACGGAAUGGAGCAAGUUAUCGACGAUAUCUUCAACGGAAUCACCUACAACCGCGCUUCUGAACUCUUCCCUGCUAAAAACGGACAAUCUGAAGAUGAAAAUAACGAGGAAACAAGAGACUUGUACGCACGCGUGAACAAGCCGCGACGGUCCUGGUCGAACGAAAUCCUGGCGCCGCCGCUGCCGCAUGCGUCGAUCGAGGGGAAAACCUUCGCGUUUGACGAGAUCAGAGACAUGCUCGGAGACAUGGGCAUCGGGGAGGACGCCAUCGAAGACCUGGCGCCUGAUUGGCUAGUGGACGACGGACCGUCCGCCAUCGACCAGCUCAAGCUGUUUGUGGAGAAUCUGCAGGGCGAUCAGCAGAAAGAGACUGUAGAGAAUGGGGACUAAAACUAAAUUCUCCUAACACUUACAAUUGUGGAGAAUCUACGCUAAGGCGAUCAGCAGAAAGACACUGUAGAGAAUGGAAACUAAGACCAAAUUCUCCUAACAUUAUAUACAGAGAGGCUAUUCUAACAUUGGUGGGGAUCUCAAGGAUAUAUUACAUGUGAAUUUUUAAAAUCUUGAAAGAACUUCUAAGAACUGUUUUACAGAAACAUAUUGUGGAAAAACAGCUUCACUUAACAGUUUUAAACACUCUUCUCCAACAAAAAUCCAUAGUUGCCAAAUUUUUGUGAUUACAGAAAAGUUAGGUGACAUUGAAUGAUUGUGUCUUUGCCAUUUUUAUAGUGGCCAUAUUUGAUAUUAAGCAUCUUUUACAAAUAUGACUUAUAAUACAGUUUUUUGUGAUUGGCUUUGAAAGACAUAGUGCCUUGUAGUAAUGUCCCCAAAAAUGUGAGUAAAGUGCAGAAACAAACUCUUUUCCAGAUUACAAAAACAUGUAUAUUUACUCUUAGAUUGUAUUGUUUUAAUUUUGUUUUAGCUACAAUGUAGAA